UCCGGGUGAGAAACGGGGGAGACGCGCGGGGCGGAGCUUGUGGAGGAAGAUGGCUGCCGCCCGGGGGUUGUCCCUAACGGCUGCGACGCAGAGAGCGGUCACUCCCUGGCCGAGGGGCAGGCUCCUCGCGGCCUCCCUGGGACUCCAGGCGCGUCGGGAAGCGUCGUCCUCCAGCCCCGAGGCCGGCGAAGGGCAGAUCCGCCUCACGGACAGCUGCGUCCAGAGGCUUCUGGAAAUCACCGAGGGGUCAGAGUUCCUCAGGCUGCAGGUGGAGGGAGGUGGAUGCUCCGGAUUCCAAUACAAAUUUUCACUGGAUACAGUUAUCAACCCCGACGACAGGGUAUUUGAACAGGGUGGGGCAAGAGUGGUGGUUGACUCUGAUAGCUUGGCCUUCGUGAAAGGGGCCCAGGUGGACUUCAGCCAAGAACUGAUCCGAAGCUCAUUUCAAGUGUUGAACAAUCCUCAAGCACAGCAAGGCUGCUCCUGUGGGUCUUCCUUCUCUAUCAAACUUUGAUGCGAUGACUGGUGACUCUGAGAUUGUCACUAGUUGUACCAAUUUGAAGAACCUGGAAUUAGUAGAAUUCUAGAGGUUUCCUUCUAAUCAUGUCCCUCUCAAUGUUAUUUCCCACAGUCCAGGAGUGUUGUGUUUUGCCACUACACCAUUAUUUUCAGAACGUGAAGAUUUUACUCUUGGCUUAAUUUUUCCUUCCAACUCCCCUCAGUGCUAAGGCUGAGCCUCCAGAUGCUGUUACCUCAGAUUUAAUCACUGGUUGAAACUCCGUAUAAUCUGUAGAGCUUCCAUGGCUCUCAAAUUUGGAAUUAACUUCUCUGGCCUUAAGACUGCUUGUAUAUAUGUGGAUAGCUAUGUAUAAAAGCUUCAUUUUAAAGAAAGUUCUUACUGUGUUGUGGAUCAGGGUCACAGGUUGGGUAGCUUGGACACCGUUAUUAGAGGAUGAGAAAAGUAAAUGGAAUGUUCUGUUUUUCAUUUCACCCUG